AUGUCUCCAACCUACUCGCCACUCCUCGAGGCUCAGCGCAUCUUGCAAUACUUGUGUCAGCAGGCGGGGACCCUGGGCUUGCCAGAGAGCAUCCAAGAUGUUGCCGCUCAAGUGAAAUUUGUGUCGGAUUAUGACCAUGUUUACUUCCCUAUUCCAUUCAAGGAGACUGAAACAGCUGCAGCAUUGAAGGCAGUGGAGGGGAGCGUGGCGUGCCUGCUGGCCGACCUGAAAUAUGGCAAACAAGAGCGCACGCUGAGUGUGAGUCUCGAAAAGACCACGAAUUUCCUGUUCCAGGCAUACCUGGCCACCGUCGAUGGGCUGGGCAAGUUAGACCCAGCCAUCAAGUCGAAGCUGAAAGAUACCGACUAUUUGCGUGCGCAAUCGGAUCCGUACAGACGCAUGUCGGCCAACUUGUACGAAACUAAACGCGCAGGCGAAUACUACCAUAUACAUGGAUCACUUGAAGCAAGUACGACCUUGAAUAUGUUGGGCCUUGAAAGCUUUCGACCAGAUCUCAACGAGCACAGUAAAAUCGUCUCGGUCAUCGAACCAGCCGUUCAGAAAUUCACCAUUGAAGAGUUGGAGGAAAUGAACGCUCGCAACAAACAAGCAGGUGUUCCUGCGCUCCGGCACGAAGAAUUUUUGAAAACUCCCCAUGGCGCCUCGUCUGUGGAUGCUCCUACAUGGACAGUGACUUCUCUGGAAACGAGCACCCCUCCAGUACUUCUGCCUCCUUCCUCAUCCAGCUCUCCCAGGAUAUUGGAAGGCAUCAAGGUUCUUGAGCUAUGUCGGAUCAUUGCAGGUCCAACCAUCGGCCGGAUCUUGGCAGAAUAUGGCGCCAAUGUUCUAAAGGUCACUGGGCCUGGACUGAGCGACGUCCCUUUUUUCCAAGUUGAUGGAAAUAUGGGUAAACACGCUACAGAAAUCGAUCUCAAAAGCGUUCAAGGCAAGGAGAUCUUUGAGCGGUUACUCGAAGAUGUUGAUAUCGUCCUGGACGGAUAUCGCCCUGGGGCACUGGAUAAACUGGGAUACAGCGCAAGAGCAUUGGCCAAAAUUGCUGAAAAGAGAGGGAAAGGAGUGAUCUACGUGAACGAGAACUGUUUUGGUUAUACCGGAGAGUGGGCCAACCGGCCUGGAUGGCAGCAAAUUGCAGAUUGUGUGAGCGGACUCGCGUGGGCCCAGGGACGCUUCAUGGGUGUGGAGGAGCCUACAGUUCCACCUUUCCCGAUUUCCGAUUACGGGACUGGGUGUAUAGGGGCGAUAGCGGCUCUCACCGGACUCUACAACCGUGCAACAAAAGGGGGGUCCUGGCACGGCAAGGCAUCACUGUUGCAGUAUGACCUUCUUCUCUUCAAAGCCGGACAGUACUCCGAAGAGGUCCAGGACCAGCUUCGAGCACAAUGUAGCACGGCUUUCCUAUCGAUGCGUCACAAUCAUAGUGUGGAUGACAUCUCCAGGUCCGCGUUGGCCAUGCUGCAAAAGGACCAUCCAGAACUGUUUCAAGAUUCGAAUUUCGAGACCUGGUACUCAAAAGGCUACGGUGCAAAUGUGCGUGUUGUCAAGCCUGUUGUGGACAUUUCGGGCAUCGGAAUUGGCUUCCAGAGGGGAAGCAGACCAAAUGGAACAGACAAGGCUAGCUGGGACUUUUCAAAUGAUGGUGAUUCUCGAAGGUAG